CUGCAGUAGCCAGCACUUCCGCGUGCUUCAUUGCAUGAAUUGGUAGAGCGUUAGAAUGUAUUACUCGAAAUGUAGCAUAUUUCAGAAGCCACUCAGACAAACGCGGUUUAUACAAUGCAUGUAUGUUGUUGGAUUUAUGGACCUGUUCGGUGUCAGUAUGAUCCUGCCUCUGCUCAGUCAUCAUGUAAAGUCCCUGGGAGCCAGCCCCACAGUAGCAGGGAUCGUAGGUUCCUCAUAUGGUGUCUUACAGCUAUUUUCCAGUACAAUAGUUGGCAGUUGGAGUGAUGUGGUGGGGAGGCGAUACUCACUGCUGACCUGCCUCUUGCUGAGCACUCUGGGAUAUGCCCUCCUGGGUCUGUCUACAAGUAUCACCCUGUUUGUGGUGGCCAGGAUACCUGUGGGGCUGUUUAAGCACUCUCUGUCCAUAUGCCGCGCCCUGCUCUCUGACCUGGUGACAGAGACGGAGCGCCCCCUGGUGAUGGGGCACUUCAACGCCGCCUCCAGCGUGGGCUUCAUCCUGGGGCCCGUGGUUGGAGGCUACCUGACCGAGCACGAGGGCGGCUUCUACACCUCCUCCUUCGUCUGCGCCUCCAUUUUCCUCCUCAACGCAGGGCUGGUGUGGAUGCUGCCCUGGAGCGACACCCAGAACCGCACGGACGCCAACGCCAACAGCAGCUCCAAAGCUCACCAGCCCAGGGCAAAGCAGAACGGCGCGGACCCGGCCGUCGCGCGGGGGGAGGCGGGGCUGCUGCAGCCGGCCUGGAGGCAGCUGUCGUCGGUCCUGCAGCGCAUCCGGGCUGUGGCCUCCUCGGACAUGUGGGACGUGUUCCUGGUGCGGCUCCUCAUGGCCGUGGCCAUCAUGCUGUACUACAGCAACUUCUCCCUGGCCAUGGAGGAGCGCUUCGCCCUCAAGCCCAAGGUGACGGGCUACCUCAUCAGCUACAGCAGCACUCUGGGGGCCCUGGCCGGGUGCCUGGUGGGCCCCGUGACGCAGCUCUACCGCAACGACAUGUCGGCCCUGCUCCUGCACUCCACCCUGCUCACGUGCUCGCUCAUCUUCCUCUACGCCACGGCGGCCGGAGUCUGGCAGGUGGUGCUGACCUCCACCUUCUUCGCCAUCUCCACCACCAUCGGCCGCACCUGCAUCACGGACCUGGAGCUGCGGCGGGGGGGCACGCAGGCCAGCGGCACGCUCAUCGGCGCCGGCCAAUCGGUGACGGCCGUGGGCCGCGUGCUGGCACCCCUGCUGUCGGGAUUGGCCCAGGAGGUGAGCCCCUGCGGGCCAGCCAGCCUGGGCGUGGUCCUGGCGCUCGCCGCUGUUCUGCUGCUGCUCAUCAGGACGCCCAAGUGGGACGGCAAGGGGAGGGUCAAAAACCCCAAACUCUGA